UAUGUGUGUUUUUCAGGGGCAUAUUUGGUGAGAAAAAGAUGUUUUAAAUGUUACUGAUUUGGUACACAUAUGUAUUGCUUUACUGGCUUAGGCCACAAAUUCAGACUUGAGGCAAGCAAACAUUUAAUACAACACACUGGACCAGCUGGUACCAACAUGUUUGUGGAAAGGGAUUACAUCAUCUGGCCACUAUAUGACAAGCCGUUUCAAAAUGUUAUUUUCAAUUUUUUUUGUUGAGUAAAUCAGCAUCUGAUUUUUCAAAUGUAAAGAGUUGUAAACACAUUUUAUCCAUACUAUGCUAGAAAGAUCAGUCAACAACAGCACAGUUUGAUCAUCACAGUUAUUGUCAGUUAGUGUCAUGAAGACUGCAGGGUAAGCAGCUAACAAGAGGAAAGAUUAGCUAUCUCUGGUAGGCAAGGAAUGUAAACCAGGCUUUGACAGUUUGUGAGUGGGAUGAGUACUUGCAUCAUAGAUGUCAAGAAGAAUUAAUGCCCUGUAGAGAUCAUAUGUUUGAUAAAGAAAGUAUGUUACGUUGAUCAAAAGGUAGUCAAAUUUAGUUACGACUUUACAUUUCGACUUUACUAUUGGAUUAGUUAGUGACUUCUGAACUUUUUUUUUAAACUUUAAAUGUUAAAGGCGAAACGGCUUGUCGUAUGUAGUAGUGCGCCUGCGCAGAUGAGUAGACAUAGUCUGUUGUCCGAGCAGAUCCAACAUUCAUUUCCAGCUGGGUCCACGGGAGUAGGGAACAGGCAGCGUUAGAGAGGAAAGUGUCGGUGUUUUUCAGAUCAAGUGGGAUAAGUCGAAAUCCACAAAGGAAAAUAAUAGCUUGUCUUUUAUUCUGUUACAACUUGUCCCCCUUUAUCAUAAGGGAUUCCUCGUCAGACCAAGUAAGCUAGCUAGGUAUCGUAAAUGGAAAGCGCUAAUAUCACCUAGCUACCAGUUAGCCAAAAAAGCUAACUGUUAUCGCUAGUUACUGGUAGAGAAAUCAUGGCUAGAACGAUAUAUUGGGUUAGCCUAGUUAGAUAGCCAGCCAGUUUGCACGCCCUCCAUAUCAAAUCAACUUUUCGUGUUUAGUUACAUAUUUAAUUUAGCUAUCAUUAGUCAAAAGUAUUAUAUUUUUUAUAUUAUUAAGAACCGACAAGUUAACAGUUGCAAGCUAACGCUUGUUUGCUAGCUAUCUAGCUACUGACCGUCAUAACUAAGUUACCGUUAUUUAUUGCGAGCAUCGUCAGCUGUCUGCAGUCCAAAACAGAGCUUAGACGAACGAAGAAUUCAUCCUAAAACCUUUUCCUGCGAGUUUGCAGACCAGACUAGCUUAAUGCAAUCGUGUUCACGAGAAGAAAUAUCAAAUUAAUAUUGACGGGGUGCAGACAGACUCAACGUGAGGAAUCCAGCCCACUGCCGCAGAAAAGAUGGGACUGCUGUGGAGGCGCGAUGUGCCUCUGGAACGGGUGGGAAAUGACUCACCAGUUGGCAUGGCACCAGGCCCACCAGCGUCCGCCGUGGCUCCUGGGGGCCCCAAUAUGUCCUGGGUGCCCGAAGCCCCGCUGGUCACUCCCGACAAUCCCAUCUUCCUCAUGACCUCAGCGGCCCAGACAAUAUCAGGCUUCUUUGUGUGGACCGCCCUCCUGCUCACCUGCCACCAGAUCUACAUGCACCUGCGCUACUACAGCUCGCCCAACGAGCAGCGGCACAUCGUGCGCAUCCUCUUCAUCGUGCCCAUCUACGCCUUCGACUCGUGGCUCAGCCUGCUCUUCUUCACCAACGAGGAGUACUACGUCUACUUCGACACGGUCCGCGACUGCUACGAGGCAUUUGUGAUCUACAACUUCCUCAGCCUGUGCUAUGAGUACCUUGGAGGGGAGAGUGCCAUCAUGGCGGAAAUCAGAGGGAAACCAAUUGAGUCCAGCUGUGUUUACGGAACAUGCUGCCUUUGGGGAAGAACCUAUUCUAUCGGGUUCCUCCGAUUCUGUAAACAGGCAACGCUGCAGUUCUGUGUGGUGAAGCCUCUGAUGGCCAUGGUUACGGUCAUCCUGCAGGCCUUUGGGAAGUACAGGGACGGCGACUUUAAUGUGGCCAGUGGCUACCUCUACGUGACCAUCGUCUACAACAUCUCCGUCAGCCUGUCCCUCUACGCUCUCUUCCUCUUCUACUUCGCCACGCGCGACCUGCUCGUCCCCUACAGCCCCGUGCUCAAGUUCUUCAUGGUCAAGUCGGUCAUCUUCCUCUCCUUCUGGCAAGGCAUGCUGCUGGCCAUCCUGGAGAAGUGCGGUGCCAUCCCGCAGAUCCACGCCCCGGACGUGUCGGUGGGGGAGGGCACGGUGGCAGCUGGCUACCAGAACUUCAUCAUCUGUAUCGAGAUGUUCUUCGCCGCGCUCGCCCUGCGUCACGCCUUCACCUACAAGGUCUACAUGGACAAGAGGCUGGACGCGCAUGGCCCAGUCCCUAACUAUGGACAGUACGGCCGCUGUGCCCCCAUGAAGAGCAUCUCCAGCAGUCUCAAGGAGACCAUGAAUCCUGGGGACAUGGUGCAGGACGCCAUCCACAACUUCUCACCGGCCUACCAGCAGUACACGCAGCAGUCCACGCUGGAGCAGUGCGGCAGUCAGCCUGUCUCCCGAUCCCACAGCAUGUGCAGCACGCGUGGGGACAACGAGAAGACCCUGCUGCUCAGCUCCGACGACGAGUUCUGAGAACGGAGGCAAAGAGAGCAGGAGGGAGAGAGGAGGAGGAGGAGGAGGAGGAGGAAGGGAAGGGAAGGGUGGAAGACAAGAGGAGAAGAAAUAGAAGAACGAGUGGGUCACUCAUAAGGGGCCGUGUUCUCUGGAGGUCUUCAGACGGACUCACAGGGACAUUGUGCCAUGGUUGCGAGGGAAGCGACUUGGCAAACGCACAUGUACACACUCAACCAUGCACACGCAGUAUACACACUUCUAUACACUUUAAAGGGUUAAAAAUGAAUACAGAGCUAUGAUUGGGAUGCAAGCCAUGUUUCAAUCCUCAAAUAGUGACACUACUGCUG